AUGGGCGUCAUGAACAUUGAACAGGUAUUUUGCGUAUUAGCUGUGACGGUUGCCAUAGUCUCCGGCCACGGAUACUCGUCGCAGUACAUCCACCGCCACGACGGCCACCACCAGCCUGUGCACCACGGACACCACCACGACUACUACACUCACCCCAAGUACGAGUUCGAGUACAAGGUGGAGGACUCGCACACCGGCGACCACAAGUCGCAGCACGAGCACCGCGACGGUGACGUCGUCAAGGGACACUACUCGCUGCACGAACCUGACGGCUCCGUCAGGGACGUGCACUACCACGCUGAUCAUCACUCCGGUUUCCACGCGGAUGUGAAGCACAGCAUUCAUCACAUCGUGCCGCAUCAUCAUCAUUACUGAAUUUACAAUAAGAUAAAAUCAUGUAAAUAGUUGUUAUCAUAUCACGAAUUGUUAAAAUAAUGUAAAUAAUAAUAAAUAACUUCUCUUUACAUACAAGUAA